UGCCUGGUGUCACUGUCUUAUUAAAAGCGUAAACUCUUAUCUGGAUAUUUAGAAGUAAUAAAUAAUAAACGAAAAAUAGUAACAGUGCGUAAAUUAUCAUUUAUAAUUUAGGAAAACAUGCGCUCCAACUUUCUAAGUUGGGGUGCAAUUUGAGAACCUCUGCACUGCUCGGCACUCGAGUCCCUAUCGGCGUCUGUUCCAUAAUAAAAACGUGGAUUACGUUUUAAUUGUGACAUUUGAAUUAUCAGUUACAUAUACGUCACGUUUUGAGUUUAUUGCUGAAUGGCAGUAUCCAGCUGCCAACGUGGCUGGCUGUUAAAUAGCACACGUAAUUAAAAAAUAAAAGCAAUUACAUAAAUGGAUACUAAUGCAUACGUGCUACAACGGUGAUCGCUGCAGUAAAAUAAAACCGCCAGAAGCGAUAUACAAGUGGCGAAAGGAUCUUUCGUCGAAAAUCCAGAAAGAUCAAAUUUAUGAAAUUUAUAAUUUUAAUAUUUUGUCCAGAAAGUGUUCAUCGAAAACUUAAGAUAGACACGUUUCUUAACAUGUAGUCGUUUGUGACGACAAACGAAGUAGGUUAAGAUCGGAUAAUUUGACUUUUUCUUUUAACAUAAACUCAAUCGUGAACCGUUUAACAAGAAUAGUGCGAACAAAAAUCUAUAACAAUGAGGGCUAGAAAGGCUAUCGCCAUUUUUGGAGUAUGCACAUUUGUUGGCUGCGUUAUGUUGGCCUAUGUAAUUAUAGAUACAACACUCAUUCCGCUUAAGCUUUCCAUUAAUGAUAAUCAGUGGCUUCAUUUUGAAAACAGGCUUGCAAAAUUAGAGAAGGAUUUUGACAAACAUCAUAAGGUCAUGAAUGAUCUGCAGGAGGCAGCAAAAGCUAAAUAUAAUUUUGUACCAAAUGUGCAAUCGGUCAGUCAUAUAAAUCACUCUGACAUUGUGAUUCCACGUUCAGGAAAAAGCCUCACAUGUAAUUUUAACAUACGGAAAGUUCCAGAGGUUGAUAUACAGAUGUUGGAGUUAUACAAACAAUUAGAAUUUGAUAAUCCAGAUGGUGGAGUAUGGAAGCAAGGCUGGAAUAUUAUAUAUGAUGAGAAACAAUGGCAUCCUAACAGAAAAUUGAAAGUCUUUGUUGUACCUCAUUCACACAAUGAUCCUGGGUGGUUAAACACAUUUGAAAAAUAUUAUACUUUCCAAACAAGAAGCAUAUUGAACAAUAUGGUGACCAAGCUAGGUGAGGAUAGAAGACGUAAGUUUAUUUGGGCAGAAAUAUCAUUCUUUAAACUCUGGUGGGAUGACCAGUCCAAAACAAUAAGAGAUGAAGUACGUCGCUUGAUACACGAUGGUCAAUUGGAGAUUGUGUCGGGAGGAUGGGUAAUGCCAGAUGAAUCCGUGUCUCACUGGAUAGCUCAACUCACACAAUUGACUGAAGGUCACCAGUGGCUAAAAUACAAUUUGGAUUAUACGCCGAAUUCAGGAUGGGCCAUUGACCCUUUCGGCCUCUCUUCUACCAUGCCAUAUCUUCUGAAAGGUUCAGGCAUGGAAAACCUCUUAAUACAAAGAGUUCAUUAUUCAGUCAAGAAGAGACUAGCCAGAGACAAAAAUCUUGAGUUUCGUUGGCGACAAUUAUGGGACAAUGACGGUUCUACAGAACUGUUUACUCACACUAUGCCGUUUUACAGCUACGAUGUUCCGCAUACGUGCGGACCAGAUCCGAAAGUAUGUUGCCAAUUUGACUUCUACAGGAUGCAGAAUUUUGGUCUCAGCUGUCCGUGGAAGGUUCCGCCGAAGACGAUAACUAAAGCGAACGUGGCGGAAAGAGCAUUACUGCUACUGGAUCAAUACCGUAAAAAGGCACAGCUUUUUAAAACCGACGUAGUGCUAGCACCUUUGGGCGAUGACUUCAGAUACACGCAUCUCACCGAGUGGGAAGCUCAGUACGACAAUUAUCAGAAGCUUUUCAAUUAUAUGAAUGAAAAUCAACACUUAAAUGUUCAAAUACAAUUUGGUACCUUGAGCGAAUAUUUCGACGCGGUCAAAGAGAAACGCAAUUUGAACGAAUUUCCAACUCUAUCUGGCGACUUCUUCACAUAUUCCGACAGAGAUGAUCAUUACUGGAGCGGCUAUUAUACCUCCAGGCCUUUCCAUAAACGACUAGAUCGUGUGCUGCUAGGUUUUUUAAGAGGCUCGGAGGCACUAGCUGCUAUAGCUUGGACUAAAGGAAAUGACCAACUGGUAGAAGGAAACCUCGCGUCUCGCCUGAGCAAAGCCAGGAUGUGGCAUUCUCUGUUUCAACAUCACGACGGAGUCACUGGUACUGCCAGAGACAAUGUCGUUAUCGAUUAUGCCCAGAAGAUGAUCACGGCAUUGAACAACUCGGCUCACGUGCUUCAACAGUCCAUAGCGCACUUGUUGAAAACCCCACAGAUUUCACCUAUAGAUUUAGAAGCUGUGUACUUCUCUUUAGACGAAACUAGGUUACACCACACUAGCGCAGGCGAAAAGCAUGUGCUCAGCCUCGGGGAUGACAGUCCUUCAAGGAAAAUCAUUUUUUACAAUUCUCUACCAAGGCAGAGAACGAAAGUGCAAAUUUUGGUCGUGUCGACGCCAUUUGUCAAAGUUACAGAUCGAAGAGGGCAGACUGUCAGGUGUCAAGUGUCGCCUGUCUGGAUCGGUCCAGCUGCAUUGUCCGCGGCUAGAUACGAACUGUCCUUUUUAGCCAGUGUACCAGGAUUUGGAAUCACUACAUACGUGGUUCACGCUUUACACAAAGCAUCAUAUGCCAGAGAAGUGUUUCCCGCCAACGUUACUAUCUUCAACACCGACAUCAGUAGCCUUCCAUCAGUACCCGGUUUCAGUCAUUUGACCGUUUUACCACAUACGCAAGAAUUCUCAAUCACUCAGCUACCAGAGUUAUCCGCUUCUUUCGGCAAAUCCGGUCUGUUGAAGGCGCUGAAAGUCGGCAACACCACGUUCCCUGUACACUUAGACUUCGUAAAAUACGGCACCAGGGGCUCCGGCAAAGACAAGAGCGGCGCUUAUCUAUUCCUGCCCGACAAACCGGAACCAGAUUUGGUAUUCGUAGACAGCAGAACAAUCGUUCACUUAGUAACCGGCCCUAUUCUGUCAAAAGUAUUUGUAGAACUGUCGCACGUGCGGCACACUUGUACGCUGUUCAACUCGCCCGGCAGCGAUGGACUUGGGUUACAUAUACUCAAUGAAGUUGAUAUAGCCGAGACACAAAACUAUGAACUCGCGAUGCGCCUGAAUACGGACAUCGCAUCCGGCGACCAGUUCUUCACCGAUUUAAACGGACUCAAUAUGAUCAGAAGACAGAGAUUCCCCAAGCUUCCUACGCAAGGUAAUUACUAUCCGAUGGCAGCAAGUGCAUACAUAGAGGAUAAGAGAGUUAGAUUAACAGUCACUACAGCACAGCCAUUAGGUGUAGCCUCUAUGGCAUCUGGUCAGCUUGAAAUUAUGCAAGAUAGAAGAUUACUUCAAGAUGACAAUCGAGGAUUGGGACAAGGUGUAAUGGACAACUUGCUAACAAACCAUAUGUUCACGUUAAUUUUGGAAAAGAGGGAGACAAAUUGUCCCUCCGCAGUACCACCAGCAAAUCAUCCUGCAGGAUUGUUGUCCUUGAGCAAUCACUUGGCUUUAGAAGAGCUACUACAUCCAGUGGUAGCAUUGCAUCCUCACAAUUCUCUGCCAUUCGACCUGCACGCGCACUUUUCACCGCUUCGAUACGAUCUUCCAGUAGACUUAAGUAUCAUUAGUCUUCGAGUGUUUCCUAUACCUGAGGGUGCCGGUAAAGGUAUCGGUAUGGUAUUGCAUCAACCCGCCUUAGACACAUGCUUCAACAAUCCUCUCUUGCGGCGUUUUAACGUCUCGGAAUCAGGCGAGAUCGACUUGACGAAAUUUCUCAAUGACAUGGAAGACUGGACUAUAAGCAAAGCUCCCCUAACGUUCCACAAUGUCGGACCCUCUCUGAAGUCGCCCGUUAUAAACUUGUGCCCACAUCAAAUACUACCGAUCUUGUUUCACAAGACGCAAUCUUAAUCGGGAAGAAAAUAUUUUGUCGUAGGUGAGUAUUGCUUUCUAUUUAUCCGCGUAAAUUUUGUUUACUCAAGAUCAUGUAAUCCAAUUUCGCCGAAGCGGGUGGGCUCGUAUGGUCUAAUUUGUAUCUGCAACAGUAUUAAGUGCAAUUCAUUAUUUGGAUUAUCUUAAUCGAAAAUCUCACUUACAUAAUUUUACAUCCAACACACAUAUAUGCAGUGUGUCCCACUUUAACUUUCACACCUCAAUAACACGAAAACAUGGCAUUUUGAUAACAAAAGUUUCAAAUAAAAGUUAUAGCGUUCAGAGGGGGACAUUUGAUAGUGACCUUGGUUUAACCUUGGAUUAAGAUUAAUUUUAAUUUCCGAGAUAUUUUGUUGUUCACGUUAAAGUUAUACAUUGGAUUUUGGUUGACAAAAAUUUGAAAACUUUAAAGUCAAAUAGCAAGCAUAAGCAGGCAAUCAAAUAAGAUUUGUAGAAACAAAAAUUGCUUGUUUUUUGUCAGAAAAUCAAAAUUCGUUGGAAAACAUGGGGAUUCGUCUUUGAAAAAACUAAGUUAACCUUGGCAGAACCAUAUGACUUUAAUCCAAGAUUAAACUAAGGUCACCAUCAAAUGUCCCCCUUCCAACCUUACAACUUUUAUUUGAAACAUUUUUUUAUCAAAAUGUCAAGUUUUCGAAUUAUUAGGGUGGAAAGUUAAAGUGGGACACCCUGUACAUAUGUAGUAAGUUAUGUAAUUCAAAUGCAGUUACAUAUUUGGGGUAUGCGUGUAGUUAUGUUAAAACUCAAACGCAGUCAAACUGUACGAAACGAAAGAUCCACCUUCCUUAAAAGUAACACAUGUGAUGUGUAUUUAAAAUGUGUAUAUGUGUAUGUACGCGCACGCGCGCGUGUAUGUGGUAUGUGUGUGCGUGUGUUUCUGAAAUUUUAGUAAGUUGUAAUCUAAUCCACUAAUUAUUUUUGUUGUCAAAUAUAUUCAAUAGGUCUUAUAGCAAAAUGCAAUAUAGAAGUAAAUAAUAGCAUAAUUUUAGUCUACCUCGUGCGUUAAUAAUUAUCACCUAUUAAAAUAAUGGGAAAUUGAAAAACGAAAUUAUUAUUUGUCUGUAAUCAUUCUUUUUCUAUUAAUUAAUUUUAUUUUUACUGCCAUUCAUGUAUGAUGUAAUUUCUUUCGUUUAUAUUAAUUGUGUAGAUAUCACUCUUUACAGAGUGAUUCCUGUGAUUCAGUAAAUGUGUUAGAUAAAUCUUUCAAUUGGGAGGUAUGUAAUAAAGAAUAUAAUAUUCUAAUAUUUUCCGUAUGUGCAUUUAGUUUUGAGAAAGUAUUUUCUUGGUACUAAAUAGGUGCUCCACUAAGACUCAAGAUACUACUAAAACUUUAAGGUGAUUGAAUAUAUUGUGAAUAAGCAAAACGAACGGCACGUAUUCUCACUAUAUACUUAAUAAAUUUUCGAGUCUUCUGUUUAUCUCAUCAUGAAAUUCACAUUAACAUAGACGUGAGAUACGGAAUAAUAGUCAUGUUUCAACUCAGUAAAUUGAGUGAGAAUACGGACCAAUGUAAUAAAAUUACUUUAUCAAGAUAAAUACUUUAAUACUAGUCAAUUACAGACCAUGUAGACUCGAUUGCACAACAAUUUUAUGUGCUUUCGUACUACAUUAUACAUAAACUAUUAGAAAUAUUGUACAAUUCUAAGGUGAAUGAUUUUAUGAAGCUUACUUUAUAUGUACCAUGUAGCACAAGGACUUUUAACAAUUAAUAUCGAUUAGUAAUAUUACUAAUGAUGUCAAUGCUAAGAUUACAAUGCUAAGAUA